CAGCAGCCGAAAAUAGCUGUAGACAUCUAAAUUUUGUACUUAAAUGAAUAAGCAAUGAAGCAGGAGAAUAAUUUCAAUUUGUCCUGCCUCCUCGUAAUUAUUAAUAUUUUAUUCAAGGCUGCAGGGACACUUCCUGUGAAUGCCUUUGUGAGUUUAUUCUAUUUCAACAGUACUGGUAACAGGUCUAUGUCUGAGCAGUGUGAAUGUGGCCUGUAUGGAUUAAACUCUCCUCUGCUUAGUGCUCAGGGGCUUGUGGGCAUUCCUAAAUCUGCUAAUCUUCAAGCCUGUGACUUGAAUACCCAGUUCACCAGCAUGGAACCGCCAUGGAUAGCACUGAUUGAAAGAGGCAAUUGCACUUUUGCUGAAAAAAUUAAGCUGGCAGCCAGAAGGGGUGCAACAGCAGCUGUGAUCUACAAUGCCGCAGACAAAGGCAAUUACCCCAUUCCGAUGUCACAUAUUGGUGCAGGAAGCAUCGUUGCAAUUAUGAUUGGCAAUCUGAAAGGCACAGAGAUUUUACGCCGGAUUGAGAGUGGCAUGAAAGUGACUAUGGUUAUUGAAGUGGGGAAAAAGCAUGGUCCUUUGAUGAAUCACUACUCGAUAUUCUUUGUCUCGGUGUCAUUUUUCAUUGUCACAGCAGCAACUGUGGGCUACUUCAUUUUUUAUUCUGCUCGGAGAUUCAGGAUCACAAGGGCCCAGUCCAGGAAGCAGCGACGAUUAAAAGCUGAGGCAAAGAAGGCCAUUGGACAGCUACAGCUGCGCACCCUGAAGCAAGGGGACAAGGAAACUGGUCCUGAUGGAGAUAGCUGUGCAGUGUGCAUUGAGGUAUACAAGCCAAACGAAGUAGUGCGCAUUCUAACUUGCAACCAUCUCUUCCACAAGAACUGUAUUGAUCCCUGGCUUCUGGAACACAGGACAUGCCCCAUGUGCAAAUGUGACAUACUCAAAGCUUUGGGCAUUGAGGCGGAUAUAGAAGAUGGGGCAGAGUCUGUGCAAGCCACAGUAUCCAAUGAAACAUCAAAUGUUACUUCAGUUAAUGAAGAGGAUAGUAAUAGUGAAACUGCAUCAUCUGGAUAUGCUUCUGUACAAGGAGCAGAUGAAUCUGUUCUGGAAGAACAUGCACCAUCAGAAAAUGACAACAUACAUCUUGUAAAUAAUGAAUCCCAACCCUCAACUGUGAAUGUUCUUCCACAUCUUGAUAACCCAACUUUUGAAGCAGAUGAAACACAAGUUCGUGAAGUCAGGACCUAAAAACAUGCCCAGCAACAUGGUGAAAACCUUCUGCAAGGAGCUGCCAACUGCUGUCACAUGUACAAAAAACACCAUAAGAACCUGGUGGAUGACUGAAACAGCAAUGUUGCCUUGGAAAUGUUGAGAGUAGACUUAUUUAAAUCAUAAUUACAUGGUUUGCAAUACUUAAAACUGUAUCUCCCAUGUGAAAUUUAGUUUUAGCACUCUUGAGUUAAAGCUGUCUUAAGCAUGUAGAGAAAACCAUCAGAUUUAAACACUAAACCAAAUGUUCCAUCUUCAGUAAAGGUUCUGUUCAGCCUUUGAGUACUUUUAAAUAAGGAGACAAUUCUUUGUUAUGUAGUAGCUGUCUCUGCUAGGAAUUGUUUGACUUUCUUUCUUUUCCUUGUGUUUUGAUUUAUGAUUUUCAUUGCAGACAUUCAUUUUAAUCUGGUCUAAUACUUAGCAGACACAAUUGUUCAGUUUAACACUGUUUUACCAUUUCUGUGCACUAAUUUGAUAGGACAAAAUACAAACUAAUGUCUGUCAAACUGGAAUUUGCCCACAGUGUCUUUAGGUAUCUGGUAAACUGAUUGAAUCUCUUUAUCUCUCAACUCCAGUCCACCUACAACACUGUCCUAAAGGGGAAAAAGGGCUUCAGGCUGACAGGCCAAACCUGACUUGCACAAUACUGUAGAAAGAACAAUUCCAGGAACUUUUCAAACCUUUUAAUAAUAAUAUUAAACAGUCUGAAAGAGCCUACCUGAUUUUGUGUUAUGAUCAUCUCUAGCACCAGCAAUAUGCAGGAGUCCUGGCUUUGUGGAAGUCUGAUAUGACUUCAGGAAGACAGCUUAAAAUGAAAGGAUGUAUUCUUCUCAAAGGAUCUGCUGUGUUUUGUUCAUGCAACAUCAGGAAAAGAAUCCAACAUCUGAAUAAUGCUGCUGACUAUUGCUGUACAUUGUCUUGCUUGUGGCAGUGACAGCUGAUGUCCUGUAAAUGCAACAGAUUAUUGGAGAAGUUUUCUGCCAUCUUUGAGGAGUUGAAUUGGGAUCAGGAGGAACACUGGGUGCCUCAAUAUUAAGUCUAUGGCCUUGUCUAACAAAGGUAACUAAGGGCAUCUUGCAUAUGCACUUUAUUUUUAUCUCUGUACCUAUGGUUUAUUUCUAAUGCUAGUAGAACUUUGUCUGAAAGUCUACAAUAAAGUACUAUUGAAUCUGGAGGGGAAAAGCAAUGCAUUUUCUUAUCUGUAGUGUAAUUACAAUUGUUGUAAAUACUUAUGAUUUGUAUUGAACUUGAAAACGAAAAUGUAAAUAAAACUAUAUUCUGAUGA